GAGGACCCAACGAUACAUGGUGUAACAUGUGUUGGAUAAUUCCAGAACGAGGACCGCAAUUCGUUUGGCGUGCCGUGCGGUAGAAAGUCAUUCCCGACCAAAGCCGAAAGAUUUGUUGUUUUAAGCACGCCAUUUGGAAGUAUUUCGAUAUUGGGAGAGGUGACUCGCUUAGAUUUUGCGCGACCAUCACCUUUGAAAUUCUUUAUCCAAGCUAAAUUCUAAAAAAACAUCUUUAAACCGAGUUUUUUUGAGCCAGUUCGCUGAAUUGUCAAGAUGUUAGGUGUUGCUAGAAAUGUGUCCAGAGCUUUGCCAACAAGGCACUGCGCAAGAAAUGUGCCCUCUCUUAUUAAGCAGGCAUGUUGGAGUGGCUUUCAACCGGACGCUCUCAGAACCAUCUACAGAAGAGACUACGCGUCUGAAGCCAUUAAGGGUGCAGUCAUUGGCAUUGAUCUUGGAACCACUAACUCGUGUGUGGCAGUCAUGGAGGGGAAACAGGCUAAGGUACUGGAGAAUGCUGAGGGGGCGAGGACAACCCCUUCUGUCAUUGCUUUCACAUCAGAAGGGGAACGUCUGGUCGGCAUGCCCGCUAAACGUCAAGCAGUCACUAACCCACAGAACACACUCUACGCGACCAAAAGAUUGAUUGGAAGACGUUUUGAUGACCCCGAGGUCCAAAAAGACAUAAAAAAUGUCCCCUUUAAGAUUGUGCGUGCAUCUAACGGUGACGCUUGGGUCGAGGCUCACGGGAAAAUGUACUCUCCAAGCCAAGCCGGCGCCUUUGUUCUCAUCAAGAUGAAGGAGACAGCAGAAAAUUAUCUGGGAACUAAGGUGAAAAAUGCUGUGAUCACUGUUCCAGCCUAUUUCAAUGAUUCACAGAGACAGGCUACUAAAGAUGCUGGUCAGAUUUCUGGCCUGAAUGUCCUGCGUGUGAUUAAUGAGCCAACAGCUGCUGCUCUUGCCUAUGGUUUGGACAAAACCCAGGACAAAAUUAUUGCUGUGUAUGAUUUGGGAGGAGGCACAUUUGAUAUCUCAGUCCUGGAGAUCCAAAAGGGAGUUUUCGAGGUGAAGUCUACCAAUGGGGACACCUUUUUGGGAGGAGAGGAUUUUGACCAGCACCUUCUCCAACACAUAGUGAAGGAAUUUAAGAGGGAGACCGGUGUGGACCUGUUGAAGGACAAUAUGGCUCUUCAGAGAGUUCGAGAGGCUGCUGAGAAGGCCAAGUGUGAGCUUUCCUCAUCAUUGCAGACGGACAUUAACCUCCCCUACCUGACCAUGGAUGCUUCUGGUCCAAAGCAUCUCAACAUGAAGCUGACUCGUUCCCAGUUUGAGGGCAUUGUGGCCGACCUGAUUCGCCGCACGGUGGCGCCUUGUCAGAAAGCCAUGCAGGAUGCUGAGGUGUCCAAGGGAGACAUCGGAGAGGUGCUGCUUGUGGGAGGCAUGUCCCGAAUGCCAAAGGUUCAGCAGACAGUCCAGGACCUGUUUGGCCGUGCUCCAAGCAAGUCUGUUAACCCUGAUGAGGCUGUUGCCAUAGGAGCAGCCAUCCAGGGUGGCGUCCUGGCCGGUGAUGUCACCGAUGUGCUCCUCUUGGAUGUGACGCCACUGUCUCUGGGUAUUGAGACUUUAGGAGGUGUCUUCACUAAGCUCAUCAACAGGAACACCACCAUUCCCACCAAGAAGAGCCAGGUGUUUUCAACAGCUGCUGACGGACAGACCCAGGUAGAGAUAAAAGUGUGUCAGGGCGAAAGAGAGAUGGCAACGGACAACAAGAUUCUGGGUCAGUUCACUCUGGUGGGAAUACCCCCCGCCCCUCGUGGAGUCCCUCAGAUUGAGGUCACCUUUGACAUCGAUGCCAAUGGGAUCGUCCACGUGUCGGCCAAGGACAAGGGCACUGGCCGCGAGCAGCAGAUUGUGAUUCAGUCAUCAGGAGGUCUUAGUAAAGAUGACAUCGAGAAUAUGAUCAAGAAUGCGGAGAAGUAUGCAGAGGAGGACAGGAGGCGAAAGGAACGUGUUGAGGCUGUCAACAUGGCUGAGGGUGUCAUCCAUGACACGGAAUCAAAGAUGGAGGAGUUCAAAGAUCAGCUUCCUGCCGAUGAGUGCGCCAAGCUGAAAGAGGAAAUGUCAAAAGUCAGGAAUCUUCUGGCCAAUAAGGACUCAGAAACCGGAGAGAACAUCAAACAGGCGGCGAACGAGUUGCAGCAGGCUUCACUUAAACUGUUCGAAAUGGCCUACAAGAAGAUGGCAGCAGAGCGGGAAAACAGCAGUAGCAACAAAUCUUCAGAGGACGAGAAGAAAGAGGGCCAGCAGUAGACUCGCACACAUAGUUGUCACCAAAUCACAAUGGCAACAAAAGGACUUUUAAGCUUUAGAGAUGGACAAGGCCAGGAGGGAGGCAGAUUGGAGUCAUUCUUACCAUAAUAUAUAUUGUGCCGGUUUUGACAGUAAAAAAAGUCAGAAAAACUUUUCAGUGUACUUUAUUUUUAUUUUUUUGUUCCAUGAUGUCUCGUUGUACAUUUAACUCUGUCCAAACGAUCUUACAAAGCCGUCUGAUACAGCCUCCAUUAUUUUUUUUGUUCUUAUAUUCUACAGUGCACAGCAUCAGUUGUUUGCAAUACUGUAUUUCUCAUAUGCUCUAGUAAAAGAUAAAUCAUUGUUUUUUUUCCAUUUGUGAGUUUCAAGAGUAAUUUAAUCACAAAAAAUAUGAUUGAUUACAUUUUCCAUGGAAGGUAACUGAAUGCUUUGACAGCAGUUUAGGAUGGUUCACCCUCCACCUCAGACAAGAAGAGGUGGUGCUGGUACAGUUCAGACUUUAAAAAAUAUGAUACUCAAUGGGUUUUUCUUUUCUCUGUGGAACAGUUAUGGCCAUAACUUGCUCUGUGUUGUCUGUUUUUCUGGUGACUGCCUGACAGUGAGCCACUACUCUCUAGAGAAAAGGUAGGAAGGCAAACCUGAUGUAGGAUAUUUGCAUUAGGACUUGGUCACUGCUGUGAAAUGAGUGUCACAAUAAUAAUUGCUUUUUAAAAAAAAGAAUAAAUCUUAAACAUGGUUGUAUGGUUCAGUCGGUGUCAUUGUUGCGCUGAAAUAUGUAAGAUAUGAUUAAUCCACUGUCUUGGAAUCAGAGGGGUGUUUAGUAGCUUGAAGCUGACACAAUUCUAGAAAAGUAUCUAGAGCUAUCUUGGCUGAGUUGGGGACAAUAACUGGUAUUGUCUAUGUAAUGUAUUGUAAUUCAACCUACUACAUGGAUGGGAAAAAACAUUAAAUAACGUGUUUUAAUGAGGAGUUUAGGCAUUUUAUGACUUCAGUCAGUUUUUUCAGCUGAGUAUUUCACUGAUUACAGGCUUAUUGUGGUUCUUGAAAAAUAGUGAAUUUUUCAUUUACGUUGCCAUAAUGAAGAAUAUUAAAUCUGUAGAGUAUCCAAGUCUUAUAUGGUGAAAGGAACAGAUAAUGUGAUUCAUUUGCAAUUAUGAAUGGAAAAACUGGAUUCAACGCAUGUAAACGCACUCCAACACAGUAACGUUAUCAUGGAAAUUAAUUCAGCAUCUGUGGUCCUAACUGCCCAUGUAUGGCAAAGAAAACUAUGCUCCUGAACUGGAAAACAUGUACGAGUCUAGCUAUUAACCAGUUUCGAAAUGUUGAUUUUUUGUUAGAAAAAUGUGGAAAUAAUGUCUGCUUCCUCAAAACAUCAAUAAUCAGUUGACUGGUACUUGCACUUUAGUGGGGUCUGUGGACCAGCGUCUCACCGGGUUGGGGUUGGCUGUGGACUAGGGGUUUUUUUUCUGGGGGGAAGAGUUUUGCAUCUGAUAUUUUUGGUCAGAUUUGGUAGCCAUUACAUGCUUCUGGGUGUUGUCUCUGACUUCCAGGUUGCUCAGAUGUUGUGGGGUCAGGGUUGCUAGGGCCCGGGGGUCUUGUAGCACCCUAUUCCCAGGUUGGUUUUGGUCAUCCUAGAACCCGUUAGCCCAGUGGUGGGCAUGGUCCUGCGUGUGGUGACGGUGUGUACACGUCUUCCCCCUGUUGGGACGGCCUUAGAUGAGUGCAUAGCAACCAUUGUACUUCAUUUUAUUUUCAACUGCUAUCGAUUGGCCAGAUUAAAGACACAAUCGGACACUUUGUUGAAAUCUGAAAUAAAGUAGUCGAACACAUCUUGGGCUAAUCAUGUCCUUAUUGUCAAAUUAAAUGUUUGCUAUUAAGUGAUUUGGACCUUCAGAACCAAAAUGCAGAGAAAACCUUUAACCACAUAGAUUUUAAAUACAAAGAUAAACUUACUGUGCCUAUAUGAAGGAAAGUUACCUGUAUCAUGUCUAGUUAUUAUACUUAUGAAGUCUUGCCAGGGUUGUGUCCAAGAUUUAUGUCUGGUGGGGGCUGAGUUAGGGUACAGGCUGUUGAGGGGGGGGGCACAAUGAAAUUUGUAUUUUUAAAAAUGCCCUGUGGCUUCUUCUGGCUCUGUGUGAAUGCAGAACUGCUUCUAUCUGCUGCCUCCUUUGCCUGCUGCCUUUGUCCUGUUGCUUUCUCCCCACCAUAGCCAUACAAUAUGACCAUUGUUCCAAGUAAUUCUUUGUGUGGAGAAAAGAUAAGAACAUAACAAGAGUGUAGAGCCUAUUGUUGCAAUUUUGAGUUUCAGCGGUAAUUAAGAAACAGAGAAUACAAUUCCAGAGCGACUCUGGUAGUUCCAAACAUUUAAUUUAACCUUAAAGGUAGUGUUUAAGUGAAAAAGAAUCUAGAAUUUCUAAUCCCCCUUUCUCUUCAGAUGGUGGUGUUUUUUUGCAAACACAAUCAACAAAUAAACAAUUGAUUUCUUUACAGAUUGCAACAUAAAAAAGUCACAUAGCGGGAUAAACAAACCUCGAUACCCCUCAGCUUUCAAUAAGACUCUUCGAAAUGGAACCCUUUGCAACCGAAUAUUAACAAUUGAUUUACUUAAAUUCGGUCACGACUGGAAACAGGAAAUGUGGCAACCUUGAUGAACACCUCUUGAAACAGGAAAUCUUUUUGACUUUUUGGGACAUAGAACAACCUUGCUAUUUAUUACUUGGAAAUAAUAAAUGGUAAUAUUGCAAAUAAACUUGUCACCAAAAC